AUGACUUCUGUUGAAGCUCAGCUCAAGGGUGUUGCCAUCCUUGGCCCCCUCAACGACCAAACUCGCAAGAUCCUCACCAAGGACGCCACGGCUUUCCUUGCCCUUCUCCAUCGCACAUUCAAUGGCACCCGAAAGGCCCUGUUGAAGAGACGUAUUGACCGUCAGGCUGAGAUCGACAGAGGUGCUCUCCUUGAUUUCCUGCCCCAGACCAAACAUAUCCGUGAAAAUGAUACAUGGAAAGCUGCUCCUCCUGCUCCCGGGCUCGUUGAUCGUCGUGUUGAGAUUACCGGACCUACCGACAGGAAGAUGGUUGUCAACGCUUUGAACGCGGAUGUGUGGACUUAUAUGGCCGAUUUCGAAGACUCUAGCGCUCCAACAUGGGAGAACAUGGUCAAUGGCCAGGUCAACCUUUACGACGCCAUCCGUCGUCAGGUCGAUUUUACCCUAGGUGGAAAAGAAUAUAAACUCCGCACUGAUAGGAAACUCCCCACACUCAUUGCCCGUGCUAGAGGCUGGCACCUUGAUGAGAAACACUUCACCAUCGAUGGAGAGCCAAUCUCCGGUAGUUUAUUCGACUUUGGUCUCUACUUCUUCCACAACGCACAGGAGUUGGUCAAGAGAGGCGCCGGCCCAUACUUUUAUCUACCAAAGAUGGAAUCCCACUUGGAAGCUCGUCUGUGGAAUGACGUUUUCAACAUUGCCCAGGACUAUAUCGGCAUGCCCCGAGGCACCAUUCGAGGAACCGUCCUUAUCGAGACCAUCACUGCAGCCUUUGAGAUGGACGAGAUCAUUUAUGAAUUGAGAGAUCACAGCUCGGGAUUGAACUGUGGACGAUGGGAUUACAUCUUUUCGUUUAUCAAGAAGUUCCGCAACAACCCUAACUUCGUCCUCCCUGACCGUGCUGCUGUUACCAUGACCGUACCAUUCAUGGACGCAUACGUCAGACUUUUGAUCAAGACCUGCCAUCGACGAGGUGUCCACGCCAUGGGUGGUAUGGCUGCUCAGAUCCCCAUCAAGAACGACCCCAAGGCCAACGAUAUUGCCAUGGAGAGCGUUCGUGCCGAUAAGCUCCGUGAAGUUCGUGCAGGCCACGACGGAACUUGGGUUGCUCAUCCAGCUCUUGCAGCAAUUGCUAGCAAUGUCUUCAACGAACACAUGCCUACCCCUAACCAGCUCUUUGUCCGAAGGGAGGAUGUCCAUGUCACUGCCAACGACCUCUUGAACACCAACGUUCCAGGAAGCAUCACCGAAUCCGGUAUCAGGAAGAACUUGAACAUUGGCCUUUCUUACAUGGAGGGAUGGCUCCGCGGUGUUGGCUGUAUCCCAAUCAACUAUCUCAUGGAGGAUGCUGCUACCGCUGAAGUUAGCCGAAGUCAGCUCUGGCAAUGGGCCAAGCACAACGUGCCCACCGCUGAAGGAAAGCGAGUCGACAAGGCAUAUGCCCUCAAGCUCCUCAAGGAGCAGGCCGACGAGCUCUCCGCAAAGGGGCCAAAGGGCAACAAGUACCAGCUUGCUGCUCGCUACUUCUCUGGCCAAGUUACCGGAGAAGAUUAUGCUGAUUUCCUAACCACAUUGCUUUAUAACGAAAUUUCUGCUCCUGGCCCUGCCGUCAAGCUCUGA